GGUCUCUAGAGGCACACAGAAACGAAGACCAAAUAUAACGCAGAAAAUAAAAUAAAAAGUCACCCCUUGAGAAAUUUGAAGAUCCGAAAACCAAAUCGUGUAACUCGAAGUCUUGUCUGAUUCUUACAAGUUCGCUGGUAGUAUCAGCUAAGAAGACUGAGUCAUUGAUCAAAGUCUCUGUUCUCCUGCCAUGGCGUAAAACCUCGGAACCCCUAAUUCUUUCAGGUACUAGCUAUUUUUCCACAAUGGCUCUUCUAUCUAUGAUGGUCGAAAGCUGAAACCUUUUUUUCUGCGAAUCGAUUUACCCACAAGAAACUCGAACACUAUCCACUCACUUUGGUUCUGUUUGGAUGAUUGAGGUUCGACAAAAAUGUCGGAAAAGAGUUUGCUUUCCUCAAAAUUCCUGUUUUACACCAUCACUGUUUCGACGCUGCUCUUCAUCGUCUCCUCUCUCUUCUUCCUCCAACGCAACGAGUCUUCUUUCACUUCAAGUUUAGUUCGGAAGCUGAUGACUCCUCCAAUCAAGAACGAGGACUUGGGGAAAAUAGAUACCAAAUGCGAUCGAAACAGAGGUGUGUUGAAGGUCUUUAUGUACGAUUUGCCCUCUGAAUUUCACUUUGGGAUAUUGAAUUGGCAUAGCAAAGGAUCUGAGAUUUGGCCAGAUGUUGAGAACAUUAGCUUAGUCCCUUCUUAUCCUGGUGGGUUGAAUCGGCAACACAGUGUAGAGUAUUGGCUUACACUUGAUCUAUUAGCUUCAGAGAAACCUGAAAUCAAUAGACCAUGUAGUGCAGUUAGAGUGAAGAACUCGAUUGAAGCUGACAUAGUUUUUGUGCCCUUCUUUGCUUCUUUGAGUUACAAUCGGAAAUCUAAGCUCCGUGGGAACGAAACCGUUAGUGUUGAUAGAUUGUUGCAGGAAAGAUUAGUUGAGUACUUGAAAAGUCAAGAUGAGUGGAAAAGAUUUGAUGGCAAAGAUCAUUUGAUAACAGCUCAUCAUCCAAACAGUUUGCUCUAUGCAAGGAACUUUCUUGGAUCAGCAAUGUUUGUUCUCUCGGAUUUCGGAAGGUACCCUUCCGCGAUUGCCAGUCUUGAGAAAGACAUCAUCGCGCCUUACUUGCACGUCGUUAAGACUAUAUCUAACAAUGAGUCAGCUCCGUUUGAGAAGCGUCCUAUAUUGGCAUAUUUCCAAGGAGCAAUCUACAGAAAAGAUGGUGGAACUAUUCGCCAAGAACUGUAUAACCUUCUCAAAGAUGAGAAAGACGUUCAUUUUGCAUUUGGAACUGUAAGAGGGAACGGGACUAAACAAACUGGUAAAGGAAUGGCUUCUUCAAAGUUUUGUCUCAACAUCGCUGGUGACACUCCUUCCUCUAAUCGUCUCUUCGAUGCCAUCGUGAGCCAUUGUGUUCCAGUUAUAAUCAGUGAUCAGAUUGAGCUCCCAUUUGAAGAUACUCUAGACUAUUCAAGUUUCUCUGUGUUUGUGCAUUCGUCUGAAGCUGUCAAGAAAGGGCUUUUGGUAAAUCUUCUGAGAGGGAUUAGAGAGGAUCAGUGGAGGAAGAAGUGGGAGAGACUGAAAGAGGUAGUUGGCUGUUUUGAGUAUCGGUUUCCUUCGCGUCCUGGAGACUCUGUGGAUAUGAUUUGGUCAGCGGUUUCUCACAAGCUUUCUUCACUUCAGUUUGAUGUUCAUAGAAAAAAUCGGUAUCGUAAAUCUGAAAUUUUUGAUAGAAGCCGAUCAAAUUAAGAUCAGAAAUAUGAAAGAUACUACUUAAUUCUUAAUGUCUGUUUUGUUUUCUUGAAUGGAAGAGCAUAGACAAGAAUCAGUUGAUAUAA